ACCACGUUUGGAAAGCCUUAUCACCAUGAUUGGAAAAUACUUGUUCAAUUCUGCCUUUAAAACAAAUUUAUAUUCAAAAUCUUCGCUUUUGACUUUAUCCAAUAACAUUUCAAAAAAAUCAAUAUCUCGUAAUUUAGCCUUCUCAUCAAAUAGCAGCAGCAGCUUAGAUAGAGCAACUUUCACAAUUAAAAACGGUCCAAUUUUCAAUGGUUUCUCUUUCGGCGCAAAUAAAAACAUCAGUGGUGAAGCUGUCUUUACCACCUCUUUAGUUGGUUAUCCAGAAUCAAUGACUGAUCCUUCUUACAAAGGCCAAAUUUUGGUCUUCACCCAACCCUUGAUCGGUAAUUAUGGCGUUCCAUCUCCACAAAUCAAAGAUGAAUAUGGCUUAAUUAAAUACUUUGAGAGCCCCAAAAUCGAGUGUAUUGGCAUUGUUGUCGCUGAUGUCUCAUUAAGAUACUCCCACUGGAAUGCUAUCCAAUCUUUGAGCGAAUGGUGUAAAAGUGAGGGUGUUGCCGCUAUAACUGGCGUUGAUACAAGGGCCAUUGUCACACAUCUUAGAGAAGUUGGUUCAUCAUUAGGUAAAAUUUCAAUUGGUGAAGAAUAUGAUGCCGAUGAAGAUGAGGCCUUUAUCGAUCCUGGCUCAAUCAACUUGGUCCAUAAAGUAUCAACCAAAGCUCCAUUUUAUGUUCCUUCUCCUACAAACAAAUACCACGUUGCUGUCAUUGAUUGUGGGGUAAAAGAAAAUAUCCUAAGAUCCUUAGUCUCAAGAGGUGCUUCAAUUACUGUUUUCCCCUACGACUACCCAAUCCAAAACAUUGCCAAUAACUUUGAUGGUAUCUUCAUCUCAAAUGGUCCUGGUGAUCCAACCCAUUGCUCCACCACUGUUCACAAUUUAAAAACUUUAAUGGAGUCGGAUUACAAUGCUCCAAUUUUCGGUAUAUGCUUGGGCCACCAGCUAUUAGCCUUGGCCUCUGAUGCCAAAACCAUUAAAUUGAAAUACGGUAACAGAGCACACAAUAUUCCUGCUUUGGAUCUCACUACUGGUAAAUGCCAUAUAACUUCUCAAAACCACGGUUACGCUGUUGAUGCUUCAACUCUACCUUCCUACUUCAAGCCUUAUUUCAUCAACUUGAACGAUCAAAGUAAUGAAGGUAUGAUUCAUGUUUCCAAACCAAUUUUCUCAACUCAAUUCCAUCCAGAAGCCAAAGGUGGUCCAUUAGACUCCUCGUUCUUGUUUGACAAAUAUUUCGGCUUGAUUGACGAAUACAAACUCAACCAAUCCAAGAUCAAUGGUUCGGCCCCAAGAAUUCAGACCAGUGAUACUUUAGUCAGUGUCUUCCCCAAAGAACGUAUUCAAUAAUUUGUUGAAUCAAAUUUUCUAUUAUAUUGUCUCAUACUAUUUUUUUCAAUAAACAAUACUUUUACUUGAGCUGUACAUAAA